CGGACCGGCCGGUUGAUCCGCAAACCGGCAGCCUAUCGGUACGGUUCAAAUCCAUUGGACCCGGCGGGUGACCGGGUCAACCCGAUCGGUAUCAGCCUCCCUCACUUGAUUGGGCUUCUUGAAGGGUCAGGAGAUUUAGAUAAAUGCCAAGAGUCACAAAUUAAAAGUGUUUGGUUGGAGGUAGGUGGAUGUAGGGUGAGGUGAGAUUUAUAGACUACCUUGUUUGGGGAAUCAAUCGGAGAAGGUAGCCGAAGGUAGGGGGAGGUAGCUUAGCCGCGGAACAGUGAUAAAAAUCCGCCCGCCGAUUCUCAUGUAACUCGAGGACGUAUGGUCGUGGAUUUUCUCGUCAUCUACUUGGCUCUGUGCUCAAUUCCUCCAAGAGGACGCCCAAAUUCCCGCUCUUCAAACCUGAUAUUCAGGCUCAAAGAAAUUAGAGGUUUGGAACCCAAUUUGAAUUCCUCGUUGUUUCGGACUUGAGAGAUUUUGUCUGUGUUGUUUGGUUUUUUUCUCUGUUUCGGAUGGCUGCGAGUGCGAACGCGGCGCCGGGAAGCGGCAACGAGAACAGUAGCAACGGCCAGGAAGCGGCGGGCAACGCGAAUGGCGCCUCCGUGAAUGGCUUGUCUGUACCGGAGAACUCGGUGUUAGGGCCUACCCAGGCCGCGCUCCGCCAUAACCCUGGCAUAUCCGUGGAAUGGACUCCCGAGGAACAGUCUCUUCUGGAAGAAUUGCUCGCAACAUAUGUUAAGGAAAGUAAUGUAGUCCGCUAUGCGAAAAUUGCGAUGCAGUUAAACGACAAGACUGUUCGGGAUGUCGCUCUAAGAUGUAGAUGGAUGACAAAAAAGGAAAACAGCAAGCGGAGAAAAGAAGAUCAUAAUUCGUCGAGGAAAAGUAAAGAAAAAAAGGAAAAAGUUACUGAGUCUGUGCCAAAAUCCACACAUGUUGCAAAUCAAACAAACGUCCCUGUCUAUGCUCAUUCAGCAGCACCAUUGGACAAUGAUGAUGGAAUCUCUUACAAAGAUAUCGGUGGCCCCACUGGACAGCUCCUCGAACAUAUUUCCCAUUCUUUGGACCAGAUUUCUACAAAUUUUGCUUCAUUCAAGAUACAUGAGAACAUCAGUCUUUUCUGCCAGACUCGAAAUAAUAUCCUCUCAAUCUUAAAUGACCUGAAAGAUAUGCCGGAAACAAUGAAGCAGAUGCCGCCACUCCCCGUGAAGUUGAACGAAGAGCUCGCGAAUUCAAUCCUUCCUCAACCACUACUGCCAAACACGUCUUGAAAUCCCCGGCGGCUGUGGCCAUGCCGAGUUUGCAAAUUUUCUCUGCAUUUUCUUUGGCACAGUCACAGAAAAUUUUCCUUCUGUAAUGUUUUUUUCCUGCAGGUUUCUUUCCUUUU